AUUUUGCCGCUUCAAAUCAUUCUGAUCUCCUAAUUAGUGGAUAAAUGGUCGAUAUUUGGCUAUUUAACUUCAGUUAUAUCCUCCUUUCUUACAUUAAAUGUGUAAAUGCAUGCUGUCUACAAGCAGUUGAGCUUCUGUUCAGAGCUGGUUGCUUUUUUCUCAACAUCUGGCAGAAACGCUUGGUCGGCUAAAAAUACCCUCAACUUUUUGUCACGUGUGGAGCGAGUUUCCUGAGUCUCUGCAGCAGACUCUCUGAAAGCAAAGCCUGCUCUCGUGUCUGGACAGGGCAGGCUGUGCGUUUCUGAUUUCACAGACCUCAGCUGUGAUGAUGGGAAACCAAAGGGAGGAGAAGUUUAGGUCACAUGGUGCCGAAGUCAUUCUGAAAGUAUGCUAGCGGGGGAACUGCCCACAGACGGUGCCAUGCCUCCAGCAUCAUCUGAAGAGCUAAACACAGUUUUCUAGCAGGCGACAAGAUGAGGAGCGAAAACAUGUCUGACCCGACCACCAACUUCAACCCGACCAGCUCCACCUUCAGCUCCACCUUCAGCUCCACCGCCGCCCUCGCCUCCAGCUCAGGAACCACCAACACCAACUACGUCCAUGACAUCACGGCCGCCGACGGCCUGACCUCCAGAACCAACCAGGUCUACAGCGCCGUGGCCCUGCUGGGUUUCUGCGCCGGCUGCUUCGUCGUCUUCAGCUUCGUCCAGACCUACCGGGCCCAGCGGCGGCUGGCCUGGCUCGACUGCCUCCUCUGGGUCUUCUGCGGCCUCCAGCUGCUGCUGCUGCUCCUGUCGCUCCACAUCGUGGCGCACCGACCCAAAUACAUGCCAAACUCACCGCUGGGCUGCGCCACGCUCUCCUUCGCCGUCAACGCCGCGUCUCUCUGCGGCGUUUUGGUCUUGGUGCUGAUGGCGUUCGUCCUCACCCUGGACCCGCCGUUCAAUGCGCCGCUGCGGAAGCCGACGGUCUGCGCGGCGCUGGUGCUGCUGGCCUCGGCGGCGGUGAGCCUGCUGCUGGCAGGGCUUCGGGGCCUGCCGCCGGGGCAGGACUGCGUCAUGGAUCCGGCCCCGGCUGGGGUCGCAUACGCAGUGGCGAAGUUUUCUUUGGCGGUUCUGGCUCCCUACGCCCUGCAGGUUGGACUUCUGGUCAGCGGCUGCGUCCGCCAGUGGCGAUCCAAAGGCCGCUUCCUGUCGGGCUCGGAGGAGGGUCCGGUCUUUCUGACCGUCACGGUGCUGGUGUUCCUCUGCCAGCUGUUCCACUGCGCGGCGCUGCUGCGGGCGGCCGGGCUGGUCCAGGACGGCCAGGAGAGCCGCCUGGAGCGGGCCUUUCUGACCGUGGCGGAGUGCGUCCUGUUCUCCGGCAGCAGCGGCAGCAUGGUGCUGGUGCUGCUGCUGCACCGGCCCAGCCGGGAGAGCCUGCAGGGGGCGCUGCGGCAGCUGCGGGACUGCUGCCGGAGGCCCAGCCGCGCUCAGCCCAACAGGAACAUUAUAGCGCCGCACAUUGAGAUCACAGACACGCUGCAGGACAUGGAGUCAUAGGCUGCCAUCUUUUUAAAUCUGUUAAAUCUGCAAACCGCAAGCGCAGAAGAAGAACGCUGACGUCACAGCGGCGCUCUGUUUACGGAAGUAAUAAAACCGCCGCCGCCGCCGCCGCCGCCGCCGCCGCCGCUCUAUCAAUGGAUUUUAAAGGGAACUAUGAUGCAAACUUCAUGUUUUCCAUGUUUUUAUGCUUCCAUUUGGGUCUCAACAAGGCCCGUCUUGACAGAUUUUACUUUACAUUUCUACCCCCAACAAACAGUCAUAUUUUUUCACAUUUUUAGCAAAAAGUAAGUGUUUGCUUGUGAAAUUAAAGGGAGUGAUGGUCUUAAUGGUGGCAUUUCAGUGCAAAAUGCCACAGAACAAUUCAAUUUAGGCCUGUCCGUAAUACAUUUUGCUGGGUGAUAAAUAGGCCCAGAAGUUAUUGUGAUAAAUGAUAAUAUUGUUGUUUUGAGACCAUUUGAGUCCCAGAGUGAAAUUCAGUGAAAGAUUUGUACAGAACCUUGUGCCAGAAAGCCAUUAAAAUGCCGUUUACAUCGUUUUAAUCUGUGUGAUUGUGAGCGCGAGUGGGAAUAAAAAUAGCAACAGGUAUUUUGUUCCAUAUAACACAGUAGGACUGUAACAGGUAAACCUUCUAUGGAUGCAAACUCCACUAAAAACCCACCUGUUUAGGAUUGUAUUGAAACGUAAUCAAUUACAAAUUUAUUGAUGGAACCUGAUUUAAUGUCGUGUUUUGAAACUAGACCAAAGAUACUUUAUUUGUGUUUUUGGAGUGAAGAUUUAAAAUCCACUUAAAUAUAAGCCAGAGACAAAGGGAUCAAAGUUAAACAUGAGGAAGUAAAAGACUUUAGUUGUGUUGGUGACCUUUGCUGCUGUGUGAACGAAGCUUUAGAUGAAAACAUCUUUGGUUUAGAAAAACAGGCGCCGGGUUCCUCUUUUUAAACAAGCUAACUUUAGCCGAUUGGUUAGUUUAUUGCUAUUUACUCCGGCAGCAACAGGAGGGGGAGGGGCUUGUUAAAGGUGUAAGCUGUAGGAAAGCUGUUACCUUGAUUCUGCAAACUGAUCCAAGCAGAAUCAGAACCGAGAUCCAAAAGAUUAAACACUCUGGAUGUUUCCUUUGACUUGCUAUGCGUGCAUUUUUAUUUUCAUUUCAUGAAAGAUUGAAAAAUCUCAAAGAUGUUUUCUGCUGUUUAAAAGUUUAUUAAAAUAAACAAAUGAUGAACAUUUGCAGAA